UAUUUAUUUAUCAUGGAAACAAAACAACCCAAAAUAUCCAGUCGGACAAGCAGCCAAACAACACGGAGUAUAAAGAAGUGAAAAACCUCGCUGCCAAGUGACAACUACUCCUCCUCUUUAAAGUUUCUGUUUCACUUCUUCAUCAACUCUUAAUACUUUGGGCCUUCCUUUCAAUUAUUUCUCUCUCUCUCUCUCUCUCUCUCUCUCUCUCUCAAAUUUCUGGAUUCGAUUUCUUCUCUUACAUGGUGAAAUGGAGAAUGUAGAUGCAAAUCAGCUUCCUGAAGUGGAUUCCUUGCCAGAUGGCUUUGUUGAAAGCACCAAUGAACCUAUGGCUCCUCCAACCCCAACUUUAGAACAAGAGAAGCCUCUGACUGAUUGCAAUGAGGAUAGUAUCUCCGAAAUUGAUCAUUCAAAUGAAAGAAUUCCUAGUUUAGAAGCAAAUGGAUCUCAAAUAAAGCAGGAAAGCAAUGAGAAGACAGAGAAACUGAGACCGCUUCCCAUUUCAUUAUCUGAAAUAGAUGGAUUUGACGCUCCAGAGCAAUUGGAAGAGGUGCCUGAUAAGGCCAGUGGGGAUCAAGCAGAAGCCAUUAAAGUAGGUUCAGGCAUGCAAGCUACAGACGCAAAGGAAAUAUCUUCAUCAGAGAGCAUUGAGUUGCAGAAAGGCAGAAAACUAGAAACCACUGAAGCCAAACGUAAGAAUGCAAAAAGGUCUUUUAAAUCAGAAAAGGAAUUUCUAGAGUUCACUUUGAAGUAUCAACAAGUUCUUGCUGAAAGAGAUGCUGCAAUUGCCGUUCGCAAUAAGCUCGAAUCACUCUGUAGAGAGUUACAACGCCAGAAUAAAAUGUUAAUGGCAGAAUGCAAAAGAGUAUCAAUGGAGGGACAAAGUUUAAGAUUAGAUUUAUCUACUAAGUUCCAAGAUGCCAUUAAGGACGUGAGCAACAGGUUAGAGGAACAGAAAGAGGAAUGUUUCUCACAGUUGAAGGAUAAUGAGAUGUUAAGAAGUAAGCUGAAACAACUGGCUGAUCAGUAUGCUCUUUCCGAACAGCAAAAUGCACAGAAAUUAAAACAGAAAAUUCUGGAACUUCAGCUUGCUGAUUUGAAGAUCAAGCAACAGGAAGAGAAAUUAGUCCAGGAGCAGUCUCAGAUGAAAGUGUAUGCUGAACAGGUGGCACAGUUAUUAGCAACAGAAAAGAAUUUGCGCUUGCAGUUGACAGCUGAUGGAGAAAAAUUCCAACAAUUCCAGGAGGCAUUGUUAAAGAGCAAUGAGGUUUUCGAAACAUUUAAGCAAGAGAUUGAGAAGAUGGCAAAAUCAAUCAAGGAACUCAAGAAGGAAAAUGUUUUCUUGAAGAGCAAAUCUGAGAAAUCAGAUGGUAGACACAUAGAACUUGUUGAGGAGCAUGAGAAGUUGAAGAAGCAACUGGAGAAAACCAAGAAUCAAAAAGAGAAGUUGGAAUCUUUGUGCCGAUCACUUCAGGCAGAAAGGAAGCAAAAUUCUAAUGUGGGCAACACCCCUGAAUCCUGAUGCAGUUCCACCUACAAAGAUCACUGAGAUUAAGCAUGAUGUUUGAAUGGCAAAAGAGGAUCUUGCAAUAUUGCUUAAAGUUAUGUUCCAUAUUUUGUUUCCACUUAUCAUCUAGUCAAGGAAAUUCACAGGGAUCAAAUGUAAUGCUUGUCAUGAGAAAAUGCACUCCUUUUCUUUUCCUUCUUUGACCAAAAAUAAUCUUUCAAUUAUGGUAAUCGAAUUGCACCACUUUAGCUUCUA